UUUUUCUGGCUACCCCCUUCCAGCUCUGGGAAGUGACGGGGCCUUGGUGGCGCCCCUAGCGGGCGCGACGCUAACCAUCGCGAGCCCAGGCCUUAGGGAAAAAGUGGAUGAGUCCUGUUUUCAAGAGAAGAUGACUUUUAACAGUUUUGAAGAAACUAAGACUUGUGUACCUGCAGGCAUCAAUAAGGAUGAAGAAUUUGUAGAAAAGUUCAAUAGAUUAAAAACUUUUGCUAAUUUUCCAAGUACUAGUCCUGUUUCGGCAUCAACACUGGCCCGAGCAGGUUUUCUUUACACCGGUGAAGGAGAUACUGUGUGGUGCUUUAGUUGUCAUGCGGCAGUAGAUAGAUGGCAAUAUGGAGACUCAGCAGUUGGGAGACACAGAAAAGUAUCUCCAAAUUGCAGAUUUAUCAACGGGUUUUAUUUUGAAAAUAGUGCUGCGCAGCCUACAAAUCCUGGUGCCCAAAAUGGUCAGUACAAUGCUGAAAACUACCUGGGAAACAGAAAUCAUUUUGCUUUAGACAGACCACCCGAGAUUCAUGCAGACUACCUUUUGAGAACUGGACAGGUUGUAGAUAUAUCAGACACUAUAUACCCAAGGAAUGUCAUGUGUAGUGAAGAAGCUAGAUUGAAGUCAUUUCACAACUGGCCAGACUGUGCCCACCUAACUCCCAGAGAGUUAGCUAGUGCUGGACUCUACUACACAGGUGAAGGUGAUAAAGUAGAGUGCUUUCACUGUGGAGGAGGACUAACCAAUUGGAAGCCCAGUGAAGACCCUUGGGAACAACAUGCUAAGUGGUAUCCAGGGUGUAAAUAUCUGUUGGAAGAGAAGGGACAAGAAUAUAUAAACAAUAUUCAUUUAACCUGUUCACUAGAAGAGUCUCUGGUAAGAACUGCUGAAAAAACACCAUCACUGGCUAAAAGAAUUGAUGAUACAGUCUUCCAGAAUCCCAUGGUACAAGAAGCUAUACGAAUGGGAUUUAGUUUGAGGGAUAUUAAAAAAUUAAUGGAGGAAAAAUUUCAGACAUUUGGGAGCAACUGUGUAUCACUUGAGGUUCUAGUUGCAGAUCUAGUGAGUGCUCAGAAAGAUAAUACACAAGAUGAAUCAAGUCAGACUUCAUUGCAGAAGGAGAUUAGUACUGAGGAGCAGCUAAGGCGCCUACAAGAGGAGAAGCUUUGCAAAAUCUGUAUGGAUAGAAAUAUUGCUGUAGUUUUUAUUCCUUGUGGACAUCUGGUCACUUGUAAACAGUGUGCCGAAGCCGUUGACAAAUGUCCCAUGUGCUACACAGUCAUUACUUUCAAGCAAAAAAUUUUUAUGUCUUAAUCUCACUCCAUAGUAAGGAUGUUAUGUUCUUAUUAUCCUGAUUGAAUGUGUGAUGUAAAGAAACUUUAAGUAAUCAGCAUUGAAUUCCAUUAGCAUUUGCUACCAAGCAGAAAAAAA